UUUUAAGUUCAAUGACUUAAUGUCAAUUUCAAAACCUUAAAUUAAUCCAUCUUAAAAUUAUCUUCAAAUUGUAUUCCAUUUCUUUAAAAAUUCAUUAAACAGCCGAAAGGGGGCGAGAAGAAAAAAAUGGCGUCCAUGGAUACAGACGUAACAAUGGUCGCCGCCGGUGAAGGUUCAAGUGCCGCUGCUUCUUCCUCUUCUAAGAAACCGAAACGUUUCGAGAUCAAAAAAUGGAACGCUGUUGCUCUUUGGGCUUGGGAUAUUGUGGUCGAUAAUUGCGCUAUUUGUAGGAAUCACAUCAUGGAUCUCUGCAUCGAGUGUCAAGCCAAUCAAGCGAGUGCUACCAGUGAGGAGUGUACUGUUGCUUGGGGAGUCUGCAAUCAUGCAUUUCAUUUUCACUGCAUCAGCCGAUGGCUUAAAACCCGUCAAGUUUGUCCUUUAGACAACAGUGAAUGGGAGUUCCAGAAGUAUGGCCAUUAGCAGUAUGAAAGGAAUCCGGAAUGGAAUUUUGUCUGAACGAUGAGUGUAGUGACUAAUUCAUUCCGUUGCUGCCAUGUUAUCAACUAUGUACACGAUAAAACCUUGAAUAGUUGUCGGAUAUCAUCAAUAAAAUAUCAAAUGAUCAGGUUUAGGUCGUGAAUUGUUUACACAUUGACACCAGUGCUUGAACCGCUGUAUUGUGUUCGAUAUUGCACCAUGCUUAUUCAACUAUUUGAACCUUUUUGGGGCAAUAUUCAGUGCAAAAGUACCAAAAAGGUUGCAGUUU